CGCAGGAAGAGGAGUGGUUGGUUUUGGAGAGAGAGAGGAAAGAAGAGGGGGUGAGACAAGUGGAGGAGGGCGAAGGAAGGAGAGCGGGUGAGAGAGGCAGGUGCGGGCCAUAUCUAGGAGGUAGCCCGCGGGGAAGGUGCCCCGGGGCCUGAAAAGAAAGAAAGGAAGUCGAUAAUAGUCUGUGAGAGAUACCCACAGUGUGAGGAGAAGAUGGCGGACGGUGAUAGCGGCAGUGAGAGAGGAGGCAGCAGUGGAGGAGGGGGAGGCCCAGGCGGUUUUCCGCAACACAUGUCCCGGGAUCAAGAAACCCAAGAGCUGGCCUCUAAACGCCUGGACAUCCAGAACAAGCGCUUCUACCUUGAUGUCAAGCAGAAUGCCAAGGGCCGCUUCAUCAAGAUCGCAGAGGUCGGAGCCGGGGGCUCAAAAAGUCGCCUCACUCUCUCUAUGGCUGUGGCUGCAGAAUUCCGCGACUACCUAGGUGACUUUAUCGAGCAUUAUGCCCAGCUAGGUCCCAGCAGUCCAGAGCAAAUCGCCCAGUCUUCUGGGGAGGAUGGAUCCGGGGCAGGUGGACCACGUAGGGCCUUGAAAAGUGAGUUCUUGGUGAGGGAGAACCGCAAAUAUUACCUGGACCUCAAAGAAAACCAGCGCGGCCGCUUCCUACGCAUCCGCCAGACCAUCAAUCGAGGCCCCGGCUUCAGUGGAGGAGCUGGAGGUGGCGCCGGGCUGCAGAGUGGUCAAACCAUUGCCUUGCCCGCUCAAGGACUUAUUGAAUUUCGAGAUGCCCUAGCCAAGCUGAUCGAUGACUACGGAGGGGAAGAGGACGAGCUGGGAGUGGGGCUGGGCCCCGGCAGCGGCGGAGGAGGUAGCGGGGGUCUCUAUGGGGAGCUCCCCGAGGGCACGUCCAUCACCGUGGACUCUAAACGAUUCUUCUUUGAUGUUGGCUGCAACAAAUAUGGCGUGUUCCUACGAGUGAGUGAAGUUAAGCCCAGCUAUCGCAACUCCAUCACCGUACCCCUCAAGGCUUGGGGCAAGUUUGGAGGAGCCUUUUGUCGCUACGCCGAGGAGAUGAAGGAGAUCCAGGAAAGGCAGCGGGACAAGCUGUAUGACAGAAGAGGGCCGGGGGAAAGAGGUGGCGGCCUGGGACCCGGUGGAGGGGGGGAAGAUUCUGAGACAGAGGAUGUAGACGAUGAUUGAACGGAGGAGAGGAGGCAGAGGAGAGAGGUGGGGUGCGGGAGGGAGGUCAGUAACAUACACAUAUAGACAUAGUAACACGAAGGGUGCAGGGGGCAUAUGUGGGGUGUCAUCAGACUCCAGGUGACAGUGCAUGAUACAUCUUACUUUACAGAAUCUAAUGACAUUAGGACAUUAUACACUAGAUGGGGUGAAUUUUGCAGUAACUGGGCUUUGGACCGGAUUCCUCUAUUGAAACAUAACAUUGACAAGCAAAUAUUUCCAGUUUUUAACUGGAUCAUAGAAUGUUGCCUGUUUUAUUCAUUUUAUGAUUUAGUAAUUUACUUGGAAAGUAAGAUUUAUUCUUUUCUCUGCAGUUAGGUUUGCCAUUAAGCUAAUUUGUUUUACAUGCACACUUUUAAUUAAGAAAAACACCAGCCAAUUUUUUAAAAUAUAUAAGGGGUUCCUAUAUGCUUGUUUCAGAAAUGUAAUAUUCUGUGUGUAGAUUUAUUGGAGUAUUAUGGUGUUGUCAUAAGUCACCUGGAGCCACAGUCUUACUACAUAUGAAAUACUGUUCGGCCUGUAGUGCAUUGCUUAGCAUAUAUACACAUGCUGUGUAAUACAGUCCAAGCCUUUCUUGCAGAGAACUCACAGGAGAUGAGGAUAUAUACAUUUUAAGGGGUGGCAUUUACAGAAGCCAGCAUUCAUUCAGGAUGGAAAGAAUAGCCAGAAUAGUUGGUAUGCAGAAAGUGAUUGCAAGCAUAUACAACUGUCAUCAUAUUACAAAAUAAAAAAUAGCCCAAGGUGCAAGUUUCACUUACAGGAUGCACAUGUCUGAAGAAUAAGUUACAGUGAAUGUAAAGUUUCAUCAAGUAGUGCCCGUUUUUUUUAAAAAUACUAUUAAAAACAGGGGUACUUUCAUUUAUGAAACUUUACAUUACACCAUAUUUGUAGAAACACCUCUUCGUCUUGAUAGCCGCUACAGUGCUUCGCCAGCCCGUCGCAAGCCUCUUCCUUCGUCAGAAAUGACGAUUCCGGCCUUCCUCCAAUCACGGCGUUGCUUUAGGUAAUGCUUCCCCCGGGGGGGGGGCAUAAUUGGAGGAUGCCGGAAUCAUCAUUGCUGACGUAGGAAGAGGCUUGCGACGGGCUGCAGCGGCAUUCAAGACGAAGAGGUAAGUAUUUCUACAAAUAUGGUGCAAUGUAACGUUUCAUCAAUGAAAGUGCCCCUGUUUUUUAUAGUAUUUUAAAAACCGGGCACUACUUGAUGAAACUUUACAUUCACUUUAACAGGGAAUGUGACAAAGAUAGAUGAAAGUAAAUAAGGAAUAUCUGGGGAGGUCUCAUUCCUUUCUCCCCUGCCUCCCUUGCUAUCAGUUCUUCAGUUAGGGGAGUUUGCAGUGAUACCCUUAAAGUGAAAAGAUCCAAAGUUCUGUUCCUACCAAGCUCUGCUGUUGAGAUAACCCAUUCCUAAAGCACAAGGAAAGUUCAUGGAUUGAUUUCAGAUUGCUUUCAUGUUCAGUGAUAGGACCAGCUACCAUUCCUAACAGAACUGGGAUUCAAGCCAAUUGUGGAUUAAUUGCGACUGCCAUAAGUGAAAUCUCAAUACCAGCACUAACAAAGUAAGAUAAUUGCUCUUCAGAAAGAAGAAAUUAAGAGAAUACUGAUUUAAUCAUAAUACCUAAUUUUGGACAGACAACGCUGAAACCCUUUUAAGGAAGAUAAGAAGAACACUAAGGUUCUGCCUCAUUCAAAUGGACAAUUUUCCUAUAAGAUUUAUUCUCAGGUCCAUGAUAAUCUAAAACAGGCUUUUUAGUAAUAAAAAGAUCUGAAUUCAGUUCUCAGUACCUCUGAGGGUUAUGGUGCCCCUAACCUACUCCUUGGCUAAAGUUGGCCGGAAAAAAACUUGAACCUAUAGCAGUACAAGUUAUGAAGAUGGAGAAAAGUACUUCUUAUAACAAUCAGGCUUUCAUCUAAGCAAAAUGUUACAAAUUGACUUAUUGGCCACAAUGAUAGUCUUUCCUCAAAAUACAAUUUGAGGUCCUGUAUUUUUAAUAUGAAUUAUCAGCAAAUGGUUUUAACUAUAGUGAAUAGCUCCCUUAGAUCUUUUAAAACAGAAAUAAAUCCUUUGAGGACAGGGUUGCAUGACUAUUGCGUAUCUCUACCCCAAAAGAGUUUUAAUUAAAUAUUUUAACUUUUUAUCUGUGCACAUAUAUUUGCUUUAAUAUUGUUUUCUCUGAAAAUCAGAGGCAUACUGUGGUUUAGUCACUAAUGUUCUCAAACACCAGUGGAAUUAGGUGGUUCCAUAAAGGGGGAAAGCAUUUUAACAACGUUGUUAGGGUUGUGAAACCAAGGAGCUGAAAUGUUUGGUUUGCUUUUUUCUUCCACAUAAGCUGCCUUUUUAGAACAUACACCAUUGUCUAAAUUUCAAUAUUUAAACAUUAAUUAUUGAAUGUUCUGGAAGGCUUUUAUCAUGGCUAAUGGUUUGAAGUUGAGAGAAAAGUUUCUGUCAUAGAGGGGAGGCCACCUUGUUAGUGUUUAGUUCUAUGCAGAGCAAUUUAUUGCAGGCUGCUGUAAAAUGGGUGAUGUGCAAACGUUUUGGUGAUUUUUAUUUGCUGCUGCUUUAAAUUUUAGCCACUUCUGAGUCCCCAAGUGGUGUUUUUUUAACUAAAUGGGAGCAAUAGUAUUUCUUGAUGUUUUUAUCACAUCACUAUAUUGUACUGUAUUUUUGUAACUAAGGCAGCUGUAUAGCGUGUGUCCUGCUGUAUCAAACUUUUAUGUGUUUUUUUUUUCUUCUUCCUGUUUAUGGCAGAGAUUGAGAACUCAAUUAUUCAUACCUACAACACAUUUAGCCCAUGCAGGGUUUACAUACAAUUUUCACAACUUUUAUCAUUAGUACAGAAAUGCAAACAGUGGUAUGUUUAUUCCUAUGUUCUCUUGUAAAUACAAUGCAGUAAUUGCUUCUCAACUUACUCUGCCAUUUGGUCUGAGUAACCAACACCUUACUUUGGGGUUGUAAAUGUUUAUCCAGACCUGCCUCUAUCUUGCUGAGGCACAUACAAUUCAGUGCAGUGGCUUGCUGUUAUAUAUAAGCUAAAAUUAGAACUCUAUAAAAUAUUAAGAAGUGAAGCAUACAUAUCCCCACUGCCAUAUAACAUUAGUUAUUUUUGUUAAGGAAAGUCUUAUGAAUUUGGUUCUGUCGGUCUUUAAAAUGGCAAUACUUUUUGUGAUCUACUUUAUUAUAAAAUGGUAGAGAACUGAAAGUCAAAAUCUGUAAAUUAAGCCAAAUUUUUGUUUUGUUUAAGUUACCAAACCAAUAUUAGAAUGUUAAUACUGAAGUAGCUGUUAUGCAAAAUGUGGCACAUCCAUAACGGGUCUUGAGAAUUUCCAGGAGCCAGGAAGCCCAUAGUUUUUAGGCGUAGUCUGCUCAUGUUCAUGGAUAAAAUAAUUCCCUGUAACCCUAAAGUGUGUAAUUGGCUAUUUUAUUUUUUUUAAAGGGAUACUAAACCCAAAUUGUUUUCUUUCAUGAUUCAGAUAGAGUGUGCUAUUUAAAGCAACUUUCUAAUCUACUAUUAUCAAUUUUUCUUUUUCAUUCUAACUUUAUUUGAAAAAGUAGUAAUGUAAGCUUAAGAGCAGGCCCAUUUUUGGUUCAGCACCUUGCUGAUUGGUGGCUAAAUGUAGCAAACCAAUCAGCAAGCUCUACCCAUGAUCUGAACCAAAAAUGGGCCAUCUCCUAACCUUACAUUUCUGCUUUUUCAAAUAAAGAUAGCAAGAGAACAAAGAAAAAAUAAUAGAAAUUAGAAAGUUGCUUAAAAUUGCAUGCUCUAUCUGAAUCGAAAGAAGAAGAAACAAUUUGGUUUAGUAUCCCUUUAAUAUCAAUAUAAUUUGUCAACACCUGAUCUAAUAUAUAAAUGUAAGACCUGGUUUCCUAAAAACAAAAACUGACAAAUCUGGUGCAGAUGUGGAAAUUGUAAGACACUUCUGCCUUUAAACACAAUUCAAAUAGCAUAAAUGGCAGGUUUCCUAUUGUUUGUGAAGAGGCAUUUUUCUUGGUAAAUUAGAACAAGUAACCUCUUCACUGUAACAUAAGCAAACCCUGGGUACAGUUAUCUCCUAUUUUUUUGGCCAUGAAAGACAAUAAAGGUCACAUGACCCUGUGAUCAAAGCUGGUUGUUUUUUUCAGCAAAUAUAAUGCAAUAUUUUAUUCUGACUUAAGGAACUGUUCAACAAACUUCAAUUCACUUUCUUUAGUAGCUUCUCCAUCAAUUCAAAUGUUUGUAUAAAGAAAUCGGAAAACGCAAAUCUCAACUGUACAUGUUGUAUAGCUUCUUUAAAAAUAUAUAUGUGUACAUAUAUAUAAAUAUAUCUGUAUAUAGAUAUACAGGGAGUGAUGGUAAUCUGAGUGUGUUUUAAAGAUGUGCUCAGUUUCCUUCAGGUAGUAACUGUGGGUUUGUUUUUCAACCCCAAUGAAGUCCUUUUAGAAUAUUAUAUCAACUCCCAGAGUCCAAUUCCAUAUUGAAACUUUCAGCUGUCUUUACACGCUGGGAUUGUGGGGAUCAUGAGAGAUUGCAUUCUGGAUAUUUGUAACACUUAAACCAAAGUAUCCUGAUACACGCCAAACAGCAUUUUUCAGUUUCUAAAUAGAUUGUCAGACUGUAAUCCUAAUUCAGGGUUAUUUUGGUUGUCCCACUACAUAUUCAUGAAUGAGCCUAUCACUUGUCCCUCCUUAGUCUUGCUUUUACACAAGAUGUUUUCUGAAUUUGUGAUGGUCAAUUCCCCUGUGGGCUUGUAAUAAUUGCUCCUCACUUAAUGCAGAAUAAUCAAUCCCCUACCACGUAUUCUCACCAAGCAAAGACUUAUAAACUUCUGGACGUUCUUGUACUUUAAAUAUGUAAAUUACAUUUUUCUUAAAGUGCGUUUAAAGGAGUAGAAUGUGCAUUUUGCACAUAAUUUAUAAAUGGAGUGCAACAUUCAUUGGCCUUGUAUCCACCAUUUUUAUUGUUACUAGUUGGAUGGAGUAAUCUAGUAGUGUGCAAAUACAUGUAAAACUAGGAACUGCCCACAAUUGUGACCCCUCAUGUUUAAUAUAAUUAUUCUUUCCAAAGAUUUUCUAUGAGACCAUAUCCUCAGAGGAUGACAAAGUAGAUAUGACUAAAACCUUGUGUAAUAAACCUGGUAUAAAACAUCUUGGUCAUUCAACUCAUAGAGGUAUGAGAAAAAAUAAACAGGAUCUAUUUUUAUAUACAGAGUAUACAUCUACAGUAAUUCCUCAUGGGUUACAAAAUGCUUUGCCCUCAUCUGUGUCUUAUGGUCUUCUUAAAGUUGGUUUGAAUGCCAAAGCAGAAAGAGAAGUAACUGAACCUAUAAAUCUUAUAUAUUUUUUUUCACUUCAUAAUAAAAUAUAAUUUGCUUUAUAUUUUCACUUUGAGAGGUCAAGUAUUUUGCACAAAGCUGAGGUUCAGUAUUUCAAAUAAAUGGGUGUAAUCUUUUUACUAGAUUUGUUCUAUAAUUUUCAGUCAAACACUAAAUCUAUUUUAAGAGAAGAUUCCACAUAAGAUUUUAUUUGCUGUACCCCUUGUAAACCCAAACAAAUGUUAGCGAAUGAACAUUACAUAUAGUGAUGGAUGCGUUUAUGCAUUUUGUUUUUAAUACUUUAAUUUUUUUUUCUUCCUUUUUUUUUUUUUUUUUUUUUUUUUUUUUACACUUUGCUAAACAACUUUAUUUUUAAUGUAAUCACACAACCUGUUCUAGUAUAGAAAACAAGAAUAAUGAUGGUUUUUAUUAAAUAUUUUAUCGUGGAAAGAUCUCUUUAAAACUUUCUAAACCAUUUAUAUUUCUUGUUUUGAACAGGUGUUAGAUAUGCUACAGAGAUUAUGCAAGAUGAAAAAAAUUCUAAAGUAGUUUAUCUCAAAACUAAAAGCUUGAGACUAAAACAGGCUAUAUAUUUAUAUGGAUUUAAACAUUUUAAUAUAAGCUAACUGGGAACAUGUUACAACUUCGUACACACAAAGGGACCUGUCACACACACAGGUUAAUGCAUCUUUUUUCCCCCCUUAAAUUACAACAUAAAGAAGACCUACCGUAUUUAAACCAUUUUGUUUUUAUAUUCUGCAGUUCUGCAAAAAAAAACCAUCUACUACUAAAUUGUGGUAUUGGCCUUUGGGCUACAUUACUUUAUACUAAAUAAAAUAUGGCAAGUAUAACUGAUAAACUGUAUUAUUUUAGCCAAUCUGUUAAAGGGCCAUAAUACCCAAAUGUUUAAACACUUGAAAGUGAUGCAGCAUAGCUAUAAAAAGCUGACUAGAAAAUAUCACCUGAACAUCUCUAUGUAAAAAAGAAAGAUAUUUUACCUCAAAAGUUCCUCAGUAGCCACCUCCCAUUGUAAAGGAUUUCUAAGCAGCAUAUUAGUCUGUCUGUCCCGGGACAACUGAAGGGAUGAGCAUCGUGAACUCUCAUAUUAUUUCACCACUCAGGUAAAGGAAGCUUACUAUGAAAUCUCAUGAGAGUUAAGUCAAAUCUCAUGAGAUCACAGUAAGAGUUCAUGACCUCAGCACUGCUGAUGUUGAUUGGCUGCUGUUCAUUUUUUUUAAUUUUUUUUACCUGCAGCUGGGAGCAGUUGAGUAUAACGUUUUACACAGAACUUACUCUGCUGAGCUGAGGAGAUUGUGAGGUAAAAUAUCUUCCUUUUUUACAUAGAGAUUCUCAGGUGAUAUUUUCCUGUCAGCUUUUUACAGUUAUACUGCAUCAGUUUCAAGUGAUUUAGCAUAUGAGUAUUAUGUCCCUUUAAACACUCAAGUGCGUGUACAAAACUUGGGCAACGAUACUGUUAAAAUAUGUUGUGCAAACUUCAACCACCACAACUGCAGCAUAUAAAGAAACUUGUUUGACCUCUUUGUACUGUCAAGGCAAGGUUUUAUAAUGAUGCAUGGUUUUUAUGUCCCUUUUAAACUGCAGAAAUGUUGGCAGUUAAGAUUAUAGUAUAAUGUAGGUUUGUGUAUAUAAUGAUCAUUUAUUUUAUGUGAAGAUUCCAAUCUAGAGACUUUUGGUUCAGAGGAAGGAUACUUGCAGUAAAUGCAUAACGUUUGGGGUGUUUGAGUGCACAUGCAACAUGGAAUUUCUUUAAAAAAUAAAUAAAUUACAAAUGCAUUUCUGCUCUAGGCAUUUAACCAGUUUAUUCUUCAAAGACAUUUAUGAUACCUAAAAAUAACUAUAUUAAAAUAUAUUUUUAUUUCCUUUAAAAGCACUUUAAACCAUACAAUUACCAGCCUGUGGAAUCCUUUGUGCUUCAUUAGGGUUAUGGUUGGUAGCUUUUCCCUCUGCCUUCAAUUAUGCCAGCUGACAAGGGCACCAGUUUCAGUAUUUCCCAGCUCUUCUCAGGACACACACCAUCAUUUGGGUAUAAACAAAUAGCCACACCCUGGUAUAGUGUAUGCUUUUAGUAAUAUAUUGGUUAUCCUUGAUAUGUGAUCCUGCCCAUUGCAUCCACGAAAGGAGAGCUGAGAAAAUGUUUGUCCCCCUGCUUAUUAAAAGCAAAAUAGCCAGCUACCAGGCAUGGCACUGCUGUUUCUAAAAGGUCAGGUCCUGGAUAUACCACUACCUUACUAGCGGGGGGUGAUAAAAAGAACAUUCAGUGAAACUGUAAAAUUCAUGUCAGCACUCCUUACAAUAACAGAUUUUUGCAAAUUGAGUUUUACAAUCUAUAUAUUUAAAAAAAAUAAAAUGUAUGUUUGUAACAAAUAAAGUAUGCUGAAAAUUGAAUGAAAACUUAUUUAAAA